ACAUAUACAUUCACUGUAUGUCAAGUCAAUGUACAGAGCAGCACAAACACCACUGAGUUGUAGAGUACACUCCAGGCCAGAAGGGGCAACAGUGAGAGCAGAGGGCUGAACAUCUCCACCUGCUUCCAACAGAUUGGUUUGAUUGAGUUCACCUGUGAGCACAUGCUCGAAAUGUUUGAGUUCCAGUCAGUCAGCCCUUUGUGACAUGCUGCUGAGAGGAAGGAAGACAGCGCCUGUUUGGACUCAGAAGACGCAACUGGUGAUGCAACCACACAAAUGCAAAGGGAGGAUUCACUCUUACGCCCGGAAGACAGUCCCGACAGCUGCAGCAAACGGUCUGUCAGUUUUGAUUGACACCGUCAGAGAAGAUCGCCUGCCAACCAGAGCCUACGUUAAGAGUGGCGUGGGCGCCAUAUUGGGAGAAGGAUGGCCACCAUGCCGUUUGUCAGUGAGGGAAAGUGCGUGAGUGUGGAAUGGGAUUUCCUGCAAGGACUACUGGCCACUCCUACCCUGCCCUGUCUCCAAAACCUGCGCAAGGAAAAGUCACGCAAUGCCGCCCGGUCGAGGCGGGGGAAGGAGAACUUUGAGUUCUUCGAGCUGGCCAAGAUGCUGCCCCUGCCCGGCGCCAUCACCAGUCAGCUGGACAAGGCCUCGGUCAUUCGGCUGACCAUCAGCUACCUGCACAUGCGCACCUUCGCCAAUCAGGGUGACCCGCCCUGGAACCCCCUGCUGGAGGGCGACAGCAACUGCAGUAAAGUGAGACGGACUUCUCGUUCUCUGGCCACAGACAUAUUUGAACAGCACCUGGGGGCGCACCUCCUACAGUCUUUGGAUGGCUUUGUGUUCGUGGUCAGCCAUGAGGGACGCUUUCUUUACAUCUCAGAGACAGUUUCUAUCUACCUGGGACUUUCACAGGUGGAGCUUACGGGCAGCAGCGUGUUCGACUACAUCCACCCGGCCGACCACGUGGAGAUGGCCGAGCGGCUGGGGAUCAGGCCUCAUCUGCGGGCCGAGGCCGGCUGCCACACGGGGCCCGAGAGCGCCCCCUCCAGUUCCGCCUCAGCCUCCUCCCUGUCCGGGACGCCCGAGCCCGCAGCUCCGUCCAGUCCUCACUCCCCGGUUGAUGAACCUCCCGAUCGCGGCUUCUUCAUCCGCAUGAAGUCCACGCUCACCAAAAGAGGUCUGCACGUCAAAUCCUCUGGAUACAAGGUGAUCCAUGUGACUGGGAGAAUCCGCUACCGGCCUUCGCUUGUUCCGGGCUCCACGCGCUCAAUACACCGACCCAUGGGGAUGGUGGUGCUGGCUCACACCUUGCCGCCCUCCUCGCUCAACGAGGUCCGCAUGGAGAGCCAAAUGUUUGUCUUCCGGGUCAACAUGGACCUGCAGGUCACGUACUGCGAGAACAGGAUAUCCGAGUAUAUGGAUUGGACCCCGGCUGAGGUGGUUGGACGCACGUGCUAUCACUUUAUCUACGUGGAGGAUCUGGAGAACCUGAGGCAGAGCCAUGAAGACUUGCUGAGGAAAGGCCAGGUGGUGACGGGCUACUACCGUUGGCUCCAGAAGAGAGGAGGCUACCUGUGGAUUCAGUCCACAGCCACUGUGUCCAUAAACCACAAAGCCCCCCACGAGCGCAACGUCAUCUGGGUCAACUACGUCCUCAGCCGGACAGAGAUGGCCGACACUCCUCUGGAUCUGCUGCAGCUUCCAGAGAACGUCCGAGCCGAGCGACUUCGAGUGAGCUCCCCUCCCACCAACAGCUCCCCGCAGACCAGAGGCUCGCAGCCGGCAAAGAGCUCAGUGGGGAAGAGCGACCCCGACACGAAGGGCAGAGAGAAGUUCCUCAGCGCCGCCGUGCAGUCAGACAACAGGAGGAAGCGCCCGCUGAGGCCGGAGCGUGACGGCGCCCCCCCUGAGAGCCGCCGCAGGCUGGAAGAGCUCCGGCACGCCGAGGAGAGCGUGUCGGCGUCUUCGGACCUGGCCAGCGAGAGCGAGGGGGAGGAGGAGGAGGAGGAGGAGGAGGAUGAAGCGGAAUGGCAGCAGGGGGGGGACGGUGACAAAUUGAAACAAGAAGCCGGGGGAGGGAAGCGGGACGCCCCGACGAGAGGAGGGCGGGUGCACAACGGGCGAGCUGUGAUUCAGCAGCUAAAAAGCGUCGUGACCCCCUCCCCCGGCCCCAGCAUCAAGACUGAACACGAAGCCCUGGCCUCUGGGGGGCGCUGGGGGUCACACAGCAGCCACCCCCAACCCUCUCACGCACACACCCCCUCCAGCAGCCUUAACGGCGACAGCCCCACCACCCCGGUACCCGACUCCUCGUCCAGCAGCGACGCCCCACCCAAGGGCUUGUUCACCCCGCCCUCCCCGGCUCUGUCCCCGGUCAUGUCCGCCGUGUCCUCCCCGCUGCCUCGCGAGGAGAGGUCCGUGCCAGGGGUGGUCAGUCGGGGGGGCGGGGGCGGGGGCGGGCCAGGCGGGAGCCCUGACUUCGAGCUCCUCCAGAGACUGGCUGCUGGGGGCGCGGCAGGGCGGGUGCUCUUCCACCCCCUCGCCCUCGGCCCCCAGGGCCCCCAGAGCCUGUACGCCCCCAGCACCAUCCGCUACGCCCCCCCGGAGCUCCCCCCCUCCCAUCACCACGGGGACGGCCUUCAGCUGCGCUCGGACCACCACAAGGGGCCCCCGCCCGCCUUCUUUCCUCAUCUGCAGCGACUCGCCGGCCUGCCGCCCUUCAGCGGCUUCUCCCCAUCGGACAGCCCCUUCUCCUCCGGCCUGUCCUUCUGUAUGAACGGACUGAGGGGGGCCGCGGGCCCCGAGGAGGACUGAGAGGCGAUGACAAAGACGUUAAAAAGCGGCGGGGACAUUAAGCCUCGGAGGAUGUCACUAAUUGGACUUGAACAAGUGGGAUGUAACACGCGUGACAAGUUGACGGGAACUCUCGGACACACAAAAAAAAAAAAAAAAAAAAAAUCCCGGACCACAUUUGACGGGACCUCCCUCAAGACUUUCCGAGAAAAUAACGAAAUGCGUGUCUUUGGACGGACGACUUCAGUGUUUCUUCCAGUCAGAGAAGCCAUAUUGUACAUAGACGACAACCAUGAAGACCCUCAGCUCACAUAGCAACCCCCCCCCCCCCUCCCCCCUCCGCCCCCCUCAAGCCUCGCCACAAUUAACACAAUUAACAUCAGUAGAGGACGAAGAAAAAAAAAAAAAAAAAAGAUGACGGACGCUUGUAGGAAUGAGUUUUUAUACAUUGCAGUAUUAUACCUCCAAGUCCGAGUCCAUGGUUCUCGCCCGGAAAAGGGUGGAGUGCCAUCUCCGGGUUGGGGAGGAGACCCUGCCCCAAGUGGAGGAGUUCAAGUACCUAGGAGUCUUGUUCACGAGUGAGGGAAGAGUGGAUCGUGAGAUCGACAGGCGGAUCGGUGCGGCGUCUUCAGUAAUGCGGACGUUGUACCGAUCCGUUGUGGUGAAGAAGGAGCUGAGCCGGAAGGCAAAGCUCUCAAUUUACCGGUCGAUCUACGUUCCCAUCCUCACCUAUGGUCAUGAGCUUUGGGUCAUGACCGAAAGGAUAAGAUCACGGGUACAAGCGGCCGAAAUGAG